AUCAGCCCGAUACGCGGCCGCGCGCCCACGUCCCCGUGAUUAACCCUGAUUUCGCGGUCGCGUCCGCGAGACCCUUCUCGCGAGAGCCCCUUCGUUGCCCAAAGGGGACCCUCGCCGAGGCACGGCCAUGUUUGUCAACGGCCCAGCUUCGCUCUUAGCUGCGUCUCUUCCUUUCCGAUCCGAUGGCGCGAUCUCCCGCUUCCGACUCCUCGAGCCCGAUCGAGCUGCGUCGCGGGGAGGAGUCGGGGAGCGACGCGUCCUCUCCCUCUCGGGGAACAUCGCGGUCCUCGCUGAGCUCCGUUUCGCCGCCGCCGCCUUCUUCACGCCUCGACGAUGCCCGACACGCUCGACUCGCGAGCGAGUCCCGCGCGAUGCGGCCUCGAUCUUGCGCGCGCGACAGAAUCCUCGGUUCUUGCCACGUCGACGGCUCCUUCGCGAGACUCCGAGAGUCUCCUCGAACCUUUGCUCCACGAUUUUCCGGUUUCGUUAGCGCCUCGAUAUGGCCGCACGAUAUGAUCGUGAAAAUUCAGCAUGGAGCAACUCAGCGAAGGACAGGCAGUUGUGGUUGGCAGUGCCGGUGGAACCGUGCAAGUUGUACAAAUGGGCCAAGGUGGACAAACUAUGAUGCUUCCACAGGCUAUACAAGUAGCAGCGCCUAAUGGACAAAUACAAGUUGUACCUGUCUCUAGUUUGACCAAUACCGGUCAACAAAUUGUUAUUCAGCAACCGCAGACACCACAGAUUAUUCAAACUCCUGACGGACAAACUUAUAUUUACCAACCUGUACAAUUGGAUGGUCAAGUUCAACAAACACAACCAACAGUGAUAAAUCUGAAUGGUAAUCUCAUGCAAAUUGCUGGCACAACAUCGCAAGCUGCAACGGCUACUGCAGCUACUACCACUCCGGUACAACCUUUGGGCAGUCCUACAUCAACAAUGUCACAAACUGGAAAUGUUGUUAUGAUGGUGCAACCAGGUAACAGUGGACAAACGCAAACUUUUCAAAGAGUAGCAUUGCCUCAUGCCGAGCUUCUUGAAGAAGAACCGUUGUAUGUUAAUGCAAAACAGUAUAGACGGAUAUUAAAACGUCGACAAGCGCGUGCUAAAUUAGAAGCUGAAGGAAAGAUACCUAAGGAAAGGCCGAAAUAUCUCCACGAAUCUCGUCAUCGACAUGCGAUGAACAGAAUUCGUGGCGAGGGCGGCCGAUUCCAUUCUGGUCAAGUAAAAAAGCGGAAUAGAACAAAUGCAAACUCCACGAUUACCCAGCACAUCACAACUUCAACCAGCACCGAUAACGUUCAUACUGUAGCAAUAGCAGCCGCAAAUGUAGGUGUACAAUAUCACGACACAGACAAUAUGGCAUCCACAAUUGUACUUGAAAAACCAAAUAUUCCUCUGCAAGACAUGAUCUCUGAUGACGACAUUGUUACUUCAAACAGUCAUUUGAUAUAAAUAAUACAAAUUGGAUAGAAAAAAAAUUAAGAAAUUUGUGUCGGUGAUGUUAUUGGACAUUUGCAUUUUGUAAAUAUUUUCAUGUUUAGGUGCAAUGUAUAAUACAAGUGUAAUUUUUUCAAAAAGCUGUGUAAUUUUUACAUGACUAGAUAUGAAAUUGUAUAUAAGGUUUUUUAUAACUUUCUUAUUUCUUUUCUAUUAAAAGAUCGAAAUUAAUUGAUAA